UCACGAUAAUUAUAUUUCCAUGGAUACAUUUCUGAAGAGCUGUAUGCCACUAAAUCAACUAUUAUAGGAUGGAGAUGCGUGCAAUCUGCAUCGAAUUCUGCAGUACGACGGAGCAGAGUCGGCAGAGAGAGAACGCCCACACAAAUAUAUAUAUACCGGACUUGUAUACUUAUACAUACAAAAAUACAAAACAGUACGAACCAACCUUAGCUGAGGUAUUAUGACGGCCAGGCCAACAGCCCUCCCUACGCGUGAAUCAUCUGCAAUAAGUAUUGUAUACCUACAUCAGCAGGCAUCAGUCACAGCCACAGUCUACUUUUUGCCCUCACAUCCAGUGGGAAAGAAAGAAAAUACGGACGUACCACUUUCAUCCGUCAGGGCAAUAGAAUACGUCCACGUCUCCUAGGACUUUGUUGGUGGGACAAAAAGGAUUGGUGCAUGUAAGAGAGAGAGAGAGAAACAAAGGACGAGCAAAGCAGCAAGCAAUGGCCGAGAUAUUUGUUUGCUAAUACAUGAGUGUAGCUGUAAAUGACGACGAGACCCCAUAUGCAGGAGUCCCAUCAGACACUUUGUGCAGCUUCCAUUCAUGUACACACAAACAAUCAAGAUGCCAGUGCAGAAGGACUCGAACAUCGUCAAGAUAGCCGUUCAGUUCGCGGACCAGGUGCCACAGCUCAUUGAGUUCAAUCAGAAACAGCCUCUCACCUGGAUCAUUCAGGAACUGUGUAAUGGUUGGGAUCUCCCGGAUCACGAGUCAUACUCGCUUCAAUUUUCCGAUACCAACAAUCAGAACUACAUUAACGAGAAAAACCGUAAUGAAAUAAAAAACGGUAGCAUCCUCAGGUUAGAACACUCGCCAUCAAAAACUGCUAUUGAUAUUCUCUCCAAGCUAAAUGCUGGUAGUUCAGAAGAUGAAGUUGUGAAAGCACUAGAAAAGCUUAGCCGCUUGAGUCGAGAUAUUACUUUUGCUUUAGAAUUCACCAAUCAAAACGGAUUGAACUUUGUAAUCUCUCAGGUUGAAUCAGAGAAAUACAAAACAAGUGCUUUGGCCUUCUGUUUGCAAUCGUUUGUCGAGUUGAUGGAACAUGGCAUCUCAUCCUGGGAUAUCCUGGGAGCGCCAUUUAUAAACAAAGUGGCCAGUUACGUGAACAAUCAAGCAAUAGUCAUUGAUGCCAAUGUCAUCAAAGCUUCGCUGAGUAUCCUUGAAAACAUAGUCUUGAACUCGACCGACAAGUGUGGCCAAGUCGAGAAAGAAGUAACUUUUCCAAACCUCGUGUGGCAUUUACAAAACAUGAAUCCGCAAAUCCAACAAAACGCUAUUGCUUUGAUUAAUGCGUUGUUCUUGAAAGCAGACAUGGCCAAGCGGAGAGCUAUUUCAGCUACUUUGCAGUCAAAGAAAGUCAGAAGUGUAUUCCUCACCAACAUUAUUCAAUCGACUAACCAGGUCGGCACGGAAAUGGCUCAUCAGUUGUAUGUCUUUCAAACACUAACCCUCAGCCUACUCGAGCAGAGAAUGAUGACUAAAAUGGACACACAAGACCAAGAUGCGCAUGACAAAAUUAAGGAGCUCCGUAUGAUUGCCUUUGACUUCGAGGGUAGCAAUAGCAGUGACAUCGCAGCUCGAAAACAGGGCCUAUUCGCCAAAGAUUACAAAAAGUUGGGCUUCAAAUGCGACAUCAAUCCUGCCCUAGAUUUCACGGAAACCCCACCGGGAAUGCUGGCUCUUGACUGCAUGGUGUAUUUUGCUCGCAAUCAUACCGAAAGCUACACCAAGGUCGUGCUGGAAAACUCAUGUCGGGCAGAUGAACACGAGUGUCCAUUUGGAAGAACCAGCAUUGAGCUUGUUAAACUGUUGUGUGAGAUUUUACACAUCGGGGAUGCCCCGAACGAGCAAGGCCAAUGCUACCAUCCAAUGUUCUUUACGCAUGAUCAUCCGUUCGAGGAGUUUUACUGCGCUUGCAUUGUCCUGCUGAACAAAACGUGGAAAGAAAUGAAAGCUACGACCGAGGAUUUCGGUAAAGUGUUUUUGGUUGUCCAAGAGCAGAUAACAAGAGCCUUGGAUUCAAAGCCCACGUGGCUCGACAAGUUUAAAACCAAGCUGCAGCAGUUGACCUACUCCGACAUCACGAAUUUGCGCCAGCAGGAGAGAACUAAUCGAGAAGAGUGGGGAAAUCACGCGAGACCCAUUCUCACGCUGAAAGACAAGAUAACCCCGGAGAUCAUGGAUCUGAUACAGCAGCAACGAUUGGGAUUUCUCGUGGAGGGUACAAGGUUCACCAAGUACAGCACGAGAGGACAGAGAAUGAAAGACAAGUUCUGGUACGUUCGUCUGUCACCGAACCAUAAGGUCUUCCACUACGGUGAUUGCAAUGAAAAGUCAGUGCCAAGUAUAGACGAACUGCCAACAAAGCUGGCCGUCGUCGAAAUUCGAAGUCUCGUUAUUGGAAGAGAUUGUCCUCACAUGAAAGAUUUACAGCGACGAAAGACCACUCACCAGUUGGCUUUCUCUUUGAUUUUGGAUUCUGUAGAUGUUGCAAGCUUAGACUUUGUAGCUCCUGAUGAACAAGUGUACGAUUACUGGGCCGACGGUAUCAACGCACUGCUCGGUCUCCGCAUGACUAGUAAGGAAACAGAAAAGGAUUUGCAGACGCUUCUGUCGAUGGAUAUCAAACUUAGACUGCUGGAUACCGAAGGAAUCGACAUUCCACAAGACCCGCCCCCGAUUCCGGAUCCUCCGCCAAACUAUGAUUUUUGCUACGACGUAUAAACAUUUUAGAUUCAGACGUUUUUACAGUUCUAACUACUGCUAUCUCAGUUUAUUCUGAUUAAGUAUAUUGUACCAAACAUGACUGCUAGUAAAAAUAUGGCAAUAUUUAUGAUAUUCCGUAUGAACUUUUGUAGCAUCUCGUAAAAUUGAUAAAUUUUAAAAACAUCUUUUUCAUAGAAAGUCAUAUUUUGAACUUCACCAAAGAUGAUAUAGGAAAGAAUCUUUGACAUUAGAAUUAUUUUAACAAAAUUGCCUAUGGCAAAUAUUUAAAAAAUUGCAUAGCCCUAUCGAAACAUUAUUCUCAUUCCUAAUUAUUUAUCGUGAUGUAAACGAAUCAACGAUUCUUACAAAUUCUUAUUUUCCUUACUAAUGAUUUAUUUGACGUAUUUUUUAUGAUUUUAAUCUUAUUUUUAAAACGACCACAUUUGAUUCGUAAGUUUUGUAACUAAUAUAGGUGAACAUUUUUUAUUUUUAGACCUAUAAUAUUUUUAAAAUGUAGAGGCGCUGUAAAUUUUCAUUAUAUUGUUUGUGAACGGUGUUUUGGUGACAGUCACGAGACCAAAAAGUAGUUGACGUAAAGUAGUCGAUUUCAUUAGUCUUUGUCUUUCGCGGACCAAGAGGUGUAUGUAUGUUUUUUCUGUGGAAAGCUCAUUUCUGCCGUUUUGAUCAUUAAUAUUUAACUUGAAAUUUAUAGAACUGAAUAAAAAACUAUCAUACAUCAGCGCUAUGCGAUCUUUCAAAUAUUUUUUUAAGCAGAUGAACAAUUUAUUCGAAAUAAAAAACACUAGUAGCAACCAAGCGAACCAGCUGGUACGGUAGUGUUAUUUUACAUUUUAUAACUAAUUCGUCAAUUGUACCUAUAUUUAUGACAACGAGACAAGCAUUUUCUACCUAUAGUAAUACCUAUGUCGAACGAUCGAAUUCUUUUGAUA